GUACUGCCUUGAGAUGACGCCCGCCAGUAACAUACAAAUAGCGAACAGGAUGCAUACGAUACAUCCCAAAGGUGACAUCCGAUAAUGCGCUUACUACUAGUACUUCUUUGCGUCUUCCUUUACCUCUUUGGAGUAAUCCAGGCUUCACCUACAACAAAUACAACAAAUACUACUACUAGCGACAGUUUUAAAGCUCCAACAUUCGCGACCAGAACCAUAUGGUCCAUCAUCUCCAGCUCCGUUCUCACUCUAUUUGCUUGCAUAUACAGCGCCAUUCACCCUAAUAUUCCGAGUCCCAAGGACAGCCCCCUUCUUAUCCUGCGGCGCCGACUUGGGAUCAUGAUAAUGGCACUCAUCGCUCCUGAACUUAUCGUCACAUGGGCUAUGCGCCAGUGGAUCAGCGCUUGCCGUGUUACAAGACAGUUCAAGGAAUCGGGAUUUUUUAAGGUUUCUCAGCAGUCUGAAAAUCAUAGGUCCAUCGCAGCAACUGCAGAGCAAUAUGUUGAAGAUCAUGAUAGGACCCGGCUUCUCUUAGCGCAUCCCGAAGCGCCCACCCCAGAGACUCGUGCUCUUGCGAAGCCAUUCAAAAAGUUGUUUAAAGCUUAUGUUUCAGAGCAAUCUGAAGAUUACACGUGGACUCAGACGCACAGCUUCUUUGUGCUGAUGGGUGGUUUCAUGCUCUAUGUGGACGGGAAACCCUACCACACACUACAGCCUGACGAGGUCCUCAAGCUGAUACGUGCCGGGUGUAUCGACGCCCCUACCCUCACGGCAAACCGGAUCCAUGACAAGAGCAAAGGCAAUGCGAUAUCGAAAGGAUUGGUCAUGCUUCAGGUGGCCUGGUUUAUUAUGCAGCUCAUCACCCGCGCCAUCUAUCACCUCGAAACCACCCAGCUCGAAGUGGGGACACUCGCUUUUGCGGUUCUCAAUUUCCUCACCUAUGCUGUGUGGUGGAACAAGCCUCUCGAUGUGCAAUGUCCGUAUCCAGUGUACUGGAAGUCGACCGAGUCAUGGCCAGAGGAUCACAUCGAUUUCUCUGAAAUAGACGAAUUCACUUGGUUUGAAAUCUUGUUUCGCGUAAUCUUGGUCCCAAUUGUAGAACUGCUGGGGGUGCCUAGCCUUCUUCCAUCUCGAAAGCUCCGAGUUCCAACAUUUGAUGGCAGCAUCGAACUCGAAGAUUCGGCCACGAUGGUUCUUAAGCUUGCAGGAUUGCUUAUGGCAACCAUAUUUGGCGGCAUCCAUUGUAUGGCUUGGUUUUUUGCCUUCCCCACAUACCAGGAACAGGUGUUAUGGCGCAUAAGUGCCGUUGCUAUAACUUGCACACCCUCGUUUGUUUUUCUCACUAUAUCUAUCGUUGAAGUCCUGAACCCAUCAAAUGCGGUGGCCAUCCCGAUCCUUGCAUUAUAUGCUCUGUUGUACAUCACAGCUCGUUCUGUCCUUUUGGUACUUAUGUUUGCCACCCUACACAAUCUUUCUCCUAACGCAUACAAGGCGGUGUUGUGGACUAGUUUGGUACCUCACUUAUGAUUUUUGAUCAUGGCACUUACUUGUAAUACACUUCAUACUUUUGUAAUGAUAUUCA